AUGUCAAACUUUGACGCCGUAGUUGUUGCGUCCGGCCAUUACCACACACCAAGGAUUCCCGACACGCCUGGACUGGCAGAAUGGAAGCGACGAUUUCCUGGUAGAGUGCAGCAUUCGAAAAGCUACCGAAGGCCCGAGAAUGCCGAACACAAGGUCGGUGCGCGCCAGACUGAGCGAAACGACGUCCUUAACUAUCUACUUGUCGGUGCAAGUGUAUCCGCAACGGAUAUUGCUCGUGAGCUGAGCCCGUACGCAAACAAGAUUUUACAGAGCCAAAGAAAUGGCAAAUUUGAUCUACCUCCUAGCAUGCUUCCAGAGAAUGCAUUUCGCAUCGAAGAGGUUGCGUCGUACGACGAACCACACGUGAACGCAUCGGCACCACUGAACCCCGACGAAGCGAUCCCAGCCACCAUCACAUUAAAGUCAGGCGCAAAGAUCUGUGAUAUCCACCAUGUCAUACUUUGCACUGGCUACUAUCUCACCCUGCCUUUCCUACCGCAGCUCACUUCGGACGAGACGCCAGUCGAGCAUGCCGACGACGCGGUGUUGGUGACGGAUGGUACACAAUUCCACAAUCUACACAAAGAUAUCUUCUACAUUAACGAUCCGACCCUCGCCUUUGUUGGCGUGCCUUUCUUCACGGCCACCUUCACGCUAUUCGAGUUUCAAGCCAUGGUCGUUGCAAAGGUGUUCUCAGGCCAGGCCAGGCUUCCCAGCAAUGAUGUUAUGCGGUCGGAAUACUACGCACGCGUGAAGAGCAAAGGUUAUGGCAAGUCGUUUCAUAGUCUGCGAGAUCAAGAAGCGAGCUAUGUCAACGAGCUUAUAGACUGGGUCAAUGCUGACCUACAAGAAGCCGGCAAAGAUAAGUUGCAUGGCCAUACCGAGAAGUGGCAUCGCGCAAGGGCGGAGCAGCUUGAGAGGAUGAAGGCUUUCUUUGCUAACCCCAUAACUGAGAAGCGGUUUGAAGCGACGUGUACAUGA